AUGUUCCCUGCCGACUGUCUCCCAACCCACUACGUGGAAGCCCGCACACAACAAGACCUAGCCGCCGCCGCCGCAGCAGCAGCAGCAAAGAAACCCACACACCUACUUGCUCAGCCUACACCCCAACGACCAACAAUGACACGCGCUCUGUCAUCCGCACUAUUCAGUUUCUUCCCUUCUGCAUCGGCUAGCACGUCGCCGUCUGCAACGCCGUUGCCUUCGCCGGGACUGCAGUCUUCUGCAAAGAUGGGUUGGUUUGCGCCGUUGCCCAAGGCCAAGGAGUCGGAUAUCGCUUGCACAUUUAUGAACAGAGGGCUUGCUGCAAAUGACGUUUGCAAAAUGCAUCCCCUUAUGAACCUCUGCUUUUACGAUGGACCAAGGACGUUGCGAGACGUAUCUUCCAUCGACGACUUCUUAUCAAAAACCAUAAUGUAUGGGAUCAAUGGCUGGGGCUUGGGAUGGAAAAACGGGUCUGGUUGUGGAACGGGUGAUCUUUGGAAAACGGGUGACCAAUAA